UGACCUGUGUCGUCUGCCUCAGGUAAGCUGUGUCCUUCAGUCGUAAGUGGGCGAUGUUAAGACUAUGGCCAACAAACCAGCAAAUUGCAGGGAAAUGCGUCUGUUCAUCUUCCUUGUUUUAUUUGUGACAUGGAUAUAUUGUGACAAAUCAUUCGAGAAUGAUAGCAACACACAGUUAAUCGAGGAAAAUCGUGUUAAAAGAACCCUUGUCGGUUCACCAACUGCAAACCCAUCUCGGCUGAACGUGAUUCUACAGACGGCACAAACGAGAGUGACUUCGACUUUGAUUCGUUCGCUUGUCAGUUUAGAACGAAGAUGGUUGGAGGUCUCAUCGAAUGUAUCUGAAACAAUCAGCUACAUAGUUCGCGGCAUUAUCUCUAUACUAUCCAUCGUAUUCUCUCCAUUAAUAUAUCUGGCGAAAGUAGCAGCUCAACCCCCCACCUUUUCCAGAAAGAAACGUAAUGCAGAUCUGGAUGUACUUCAUAUGGAGUUUUCUCUCCCAGAAUGGAUGAAUCAAAUGGAAUCGUGGAUGAAGAUGCACAAGCCAUCCGAACACAGGUAUAGAUGUUGUUUCUACCCAACAGAACCGCGACCUGGAGGAUUGGUCAGAUGUUUUCCUUUGUUAUCCAAGUACGUGUACCCAUGGAAUAAUCCCUGUUCAAAAGAAAAUGGUUUCCGCGAUGUCGUCGUUAGCAAAGACUAUAAAUUGCAUUAUUAAGAAAA